AUGAUGGUACUCACUUACGGUCUCUUGACAAUUAUAGUUGCUCUAAUUCUUGUUUAUAUAUGGAGUCUAAAAUCUUGCUACGAUUAUUUCAAACAACGUGGUUUACCGGGCCCACUUCCAGCCUUCUUCUUUGGUCAUUAUCGCAUCCUUUGGUCUCUUCCUGACUUGAGCGAACAAUACCGACGGUGGACUCAACGAUAUGGUUCGAUCUAUGGACUAUUCGAAGGAACACGUCCGAUGUACGUAGUUUCUGACGUUGAGUUUCUUCAUGAAGUGUAUAUCAAUCAAUUUGCUUUAUUCAACGAACGUUCGGUUCCUUUUCUGAUGAAAACUGUGCGCGGCCAUCAGGUCCAUAUGUUUGGUGCAAGUGGAUCAACUUGGCGUCGGCAACGACAUGUGAUCAAUCCAACAUUUUCUGCAGCAAAACUCAAACUAAUGUCAUCUGCCAUCUAUCGCUGUAUUCAAUCGUUAGUAAAUAAACUGGAAGCCAUCCAAGAAAAACGAGAACAAUUCAACAUCUAUGAAUUGUACAGACGAUUAACAAUGGAUGUUAUUUGUCAUUGUGCUUUCGGAAUGGAUACAGAUAUGCAAAAUGAUAUUGACAAUGCUUUUCUCCAUAAAUGUAAACUCGCCGUUCAUGAUAAUCCCGAACGCUUACCUUUGACUAAACUUGGUAAUCUCAUGCCGUUUCUCAUUCCAGUUCUACUCUAUAUCAUGAUGGGGCAAAUGCUACUUGGUAAACUUUUUCGCGCAAUAUUACCCAAACGACUCUCGCCUGAAAUCGAAAGUGUUCCAGCAUUAUGGAUACUCAAUCAAGUUGAAACUAUUAUCAAUGCUAGAAAGCAAGCGAGUGACAACGGAAAACAGCAUCAAAUCGAUCUACUUCAGCUGAUGCUUGAUGCAACGAUGCGAGAUAAAGCCAAAGUCAAUUCUGUUGAACAUUCUGCUCCGAACAAUGCACGCUUAGAUUCAAAAACGCUUCAUAGAGAGGAAGUAGGUGCUAAUAUCCUCUUGUUCAUGAUUGCUGGUUAUGAUUCUAUCUCGACUGCAUUAGCUUCGUGCACGUAUGUCAUAGCGACGAAUAGUAAUGUUCAAAGGAAACUUCAAGCAGAAGUUGAUGAACAAGAAUGGAACGAAGAUGGCCAAUUAAGUUAUGACGCUGUUAUGGACAUGAACUACAUGGAUAUGUUCAUUCGAGAAGUUCUUCGAAUGUAUCCGAUUGCUACAACAGCUACAAAAAGAGAAUGCAACACAACAACUACCAUAUGCGGUCAUGAAAUUCAAAAAGGUGCUCUGAUUCAACCGGACAUCCUCAGCAUUCAUUAUGAUCAGAAUCUAUGGGGACCAGAAGAUCCGUAUGAGUUCGUCCCUGAGCGCCAUUAUGCGAAACGACAUUUGAUGGCAUAUAUGUCAUUCGGUGCUGGUUCUCGAGGUUGUCUAGGUAUCCGGUUUGCUUUUAUGGAACUGAAAAUGGUUCUAUCUCAACUACUACACCAAUAUACAGUGCUACCUGGUGAAGACAUCGAAAAAGGAUUUCAACACCGCGAGACGUUUCUCAUUCAACCUGAUGCUGUAUUGACGCUUUCUGUAACCGGUAUAAUGAGAAAUAUAUCACGCGCAUUCGAUCUGACGGAACGACUUGGAUCUUUAUCACUGAAGCACGAGACUUACACAACUGAAAUGGAUGAUGUUUUCGGUCUCUUAUCGUCAUUGGUUAUGACUUCCCGCAGUCUCGUUGCCUUAGUUUGUUCGCUGACUUUCAUUCUCAUCGUUGUUACUAUCAUGAUCAAUGUCACUUGCGGAUGUCAAGCAAUCUACCAAAUCAUAUCUGAUGGCAAUGACCAAUUCUGUUCAUUUCGCGGCUUUCUCCUUCAUGCGGCAACUGGUCUUCUAUAUCAUACGUUAUGUGUUCAAGCACUUCGAAGUCUGAUUGUUGUGGUGUUCUCAGCGCAACGCUCUCUGCAAUCCCUGCUCUGGUGA